ACAACGUAAUCUUAAAAUACGAAUUUUCUUUUGUAAUUCAUCUUUUUAAUUUAUUGAGAUAUUUGAAUUUCCCGCCACAUGUGCUAAUUUUACUGAUUCAGCGCAAAAUAAGAUUACCAAUACACCAUAGAUAAUUUAAAUUGUGGAUUUUAUUCGAAAAUAAAGUAUAAACGUUGUUUGUUCUUUUUAACAGAGAUGGAUAUGUUUAUAUGUAACAAGUGUUUUGCCACACCACAUAGAGGAAAAAAACCAUUUUGCUUGACUCAAUGCGGUCACAUAUAUUGUAAUGGAUGCAUACAACAAGCUGAAAAACAGUGUCCUCAAUGUCAGCAGAUUGAUAUUUUUUCUGUCGAGUUACAGCAACCAUCAUUGUCGAAAGUAGAGAAUUUCUUUGCUCCAUUGAAUGAAUCAUUGGAAUCAUUACACAAAAUAUGUGGUUUUCAGAAUAAUCAAAUGAAAAUUAUGAUACAACGCUUUCAUGAAAUCGACAAAAAAUACGAAACAUUGAAGUCCCACUACUAUAGCCUAACUCAAAACAUGAAAAUGGUGAGAGAUAAAUAUAUUAAACUGAAAAUGGAAAAUACUGAACAGAAAAAGAAAUUAAUGUCUUUCGAGAUGCAAAAUAGGACUUUAAACUCUUUAAGUGAUGUAUCUACACCAAUAAAAUCUGGCAACAACAGAAGUUCAAAAAUGAGACCUGCAUCAAAUUCAUAUUUUUCGUGUGGGGCGAAUAUGUCGAGUCAAUCAUUUGACGUGAGAAAGGGAAAUGCAAUGUUCGAAGGUUUUCGUAUUCCUUAUCCUCAUAUAGUACGAUCAGUUGGUUCUCGUGGAACUUCGGAUACCAACUCUACUUACCUUUAGAUUUUGGACAGAAUUAGAACAAUAUUUUAAUUUAUCUAUACAUAAUAAAAAAUGGUAACUGUAUCCCUCUCCUUAAGUCAUUAAAAAUGUAUAAUAAAAUGCGUAUAAUCUUACAA